GUGACCAAAACCCUUCGAAGCCAACAGUUCCCCAUUCAAACGGUCAUCAAUAUACAGGGAACACGCGACCCCAGCGAAAAGGGGGUGUCGACCCUCCACAAGUUUAAAAACCUGGCAUCAAUGCAUAACCUCGGCUUUUGUGGUUCGAUCGUCAUGGGAAGGACGAAGUGGGGCGGUGCCACUUCACCCACUUUACCCCAAACACGGAUCGCUCCUGACUCAAUAAGUUGCAAAAUCGUUUCCGUAACAAACUGCGAAACCUGUUUGCAAGAGUAGUGGUUCUCAAAACCCUAGUCGGGGUUUCCGCGCUCUCAUACUUAACACCCAUAAAUGAUCCCUUAAAGGCUUCAUGAAUUUUUGAUAUCCAUCCCAUGCUCCAGCCAUUCAAGGACGUCCAUUGCAGGUUCGUACCCGUCCAAAAUUUUUUCCGAGUCCAAUUCGGGUGCGAAGUUGACCAGAUUGAAAGGAGUCCGGAUCGCGAAACGACAGAUCCCGCAGGUUAGGAGUUUCCCCCGCAACAAUGCCUUGAACAUGGGUUAAACAAGCGUCUUCUGAUGUCAUUUUCUCCGAACUCGGUUUACCCUCCAGGGAUACCCAUCGCAUUUCCCUACGCCUGCUUUUUUCCUCCGCUUCUAAGGGCAUAAAGGUCAUGGUAUCUCCCUUAUGACGUUUCGUUUUAGGCUAAAACAAAAGCAGACUCGAUUGUCGAUGCAUCAAUUUUUUUCUUCCACUCAUCCAAUUCCUUCUUUAGUGCACCGACGGUUGUGGCCGAGACCUAACAGAGGAAAGUAACGCCAAAUAACUCCAUAAUGCCCUUAAAUCCAGUCCUUACUUCACACUAGAGCUGUUUUUAACCUCGACCGACAUAUAUUUUUUUCCUUUCACGCCACCCCGUGGUAAAGGGCAAAAUUUCGCGACACACUGCUCAAUCGGACCUCGACCGAUUUUUUUUCUUUUUUUUACGCCACCUCGUGGCACAAAGCAGAAGUCCCCGACACACUGCUUAAUCGGUCCUCGACCGAUUUUUUUUUUUCACGCCACCUCGUGACACAGAGCAGAAGUCCUCGACACACUGGUCAAACGGUCCACGCCACCAUGUGGCCAGACAAACAAAACCAAACACCACUGUCAGACUACACCGGACCUUGACCGAGGCCUCACGUCCCACGCCCCUCCCAAGGGACAAGCAAGAAAAAAGGUGCAAACAGCGUAAAUAAUUUCUUCGGUCCCCAACCAAAACAAAACAAAAACAGCGCCCAAAUAUAUAGCAACCCUAAUUCAUAACAAACAAGCACAGAAAAGAAAACAAACAAGUGCAACAGCAAAAAAAAAACAUAAUAUAAACAACAGAUUAUCGCCUAAUAUUUAAAAGAACUGCAUUAUGGCGAGCCCAAAGGAAUAAAUUACCGACCAUGUGUUCCAAGCGCGAAGUUUAAAAACCGGCUCCCGAGUAACGAGAAAAACAUAAACGAGGAAAUGUAACAUUGGGCAACAUGAAAUGACCAACAAACCCCAGCUAGAAUACAAAACUAAAACAUUGUAGAUGAAUACCUCAAGGUUCACUGUCGAGUUGUUCGACACAUUCGUCCUAGAGGCGUUUUCCUGAGAAGAACUUUGGGACGCAUUGUCACCGCUCGCUAUUGUUCCUGAAGUUGCACCCGCCUGUGAUGAAGACGUGGUUGGCGGAGCAGCAUGCUCAAAAGAGCCUUGAAGGGGCUGUAAAAUUUGCUGGGCCCUUGCAGGGUCGUUCACUGCGGACGGACUCUGGGACAUAUUUCAAACGAUUCCAACCAAAGUUAGGCAAAACUGACAACUAUGAAUAAUUAAGGCAUGCUUAUAUACUAUACACGAGGGCUAAUGAAUAUUAAUAAAGUAUGAAUAGCAACAAAUAGAUACUAGGAACAAUAACUCUCUAGAAUUAGAUAAGUUGGGAUUCAAUAUCCCGCCACUGAAUUGCUGGACAUUUUAUCACAUUGGCAAGUCCCAAACUUCGUCACGACUUGGCAAAUCACAAACUGCGUGUAACUGAGUUAACACUGUAUACUCCUGAUCUGGGACGAAAAAUGUAUUCUGCUUUUCUCUUAUAUUUGUUAAACUUGUUCCUCUCUCUUCAAAUUGAUAUCUUUACUCAUCACUGUAAGAAAAGAAAGAAACGCAAGUAAAUUAUGAACGAGAGAAUGGGUUGAAAAAACAGUGACAUCGAAGCCCAGCGGCAAGCUUGCGUGAGUCACGUGACUUAUUCACGCAAACGCGCGAGGCAUGGAACCGUUGAGUGCCACCCGUAUGACAUGUUUGACACAGGAUCCUUUUGAAAGGGAAGCAAGGAAUAUAUACUCCAUAUCAAAUGAUCUGGUUAAACACAAUACUUCAGUUAUCUCAGUUCAACGAUGGUGCAUUUGACAACAUUUGCCAUCUUUGUUUUCGUCACUUGCGGAUUCAAUUUAUCGUUUGGAAAUAAAGACACUGGCGAGGAAAACUACUACGAAAAGUUUCAAAAAAUUCCACCCGCCAUUGAAACAGCCAAGAAGCUCUACAAGAACUUCUUCAGUGGUGGAACAAGAAUAAUCCAUAAACGCCAAAUCCUUGGAACUUUUUUCGACGUAAUUCUCGUUGUCGAUUCUUCGAGUUCUGUCAGUAGUGGGGAAUUUGCAAAAGGACUGGGUGCUUUACGAAAUCUUGUCGAGAAAUCCCGAAACGACACGAACUAUGCAGCCAUAACCUACGCGACCCGUGCCAAAAUUGAGUUUGACUUCACUUCGAGCUUCAACGCGGCUGGAAAAUUUCGCGCGCUAAAGCGUUCUGGCGGGAAAACGAACACGCAGGCCGCGCUCAAACUUUGUCAAAGGAUGUUUGUUGAGGGGCAGUAUGGCGCUCGUCAGGGAAGUUUUCGCAGAAUCCUACUUGUUACAGACGGUCAAUCCAACAUAAAGAGGGCUGAGACUAUUCCCAGCGCUGAGCAAUUGAAAUUGGUAAUGGGGGUUGAAGUAUUUGUGAUCGCAGUGGGAGAGUAUUUAGAAGGGAUCAAAGAAAUGGUGCAAAUGGCAAGUUCCACCGAUGCUCACAUGUACCGAGUGCUGAAUAUGAGAGGACUGCAUGAGGUCAUUAAGCUUAUCCCUAAUGUUGGACAAAAGACGUGGAUCGAAGAAACCUUCGGAGAAUCCUCGGAAGAGGGCAAAGAGGAGGAAGGUCCCUUAGGAAAACUGUAAUUCUCCAAAGAAUUUAAAAGGAGUAUUACACCGUUAUUACAUGAACACUACGGGUCUUUUGAAAACCUUAUGGAUUCGUCAUAUGCGAAUGUGAUACAAAUUUAUGUGCCCUCGAAUAAAACUGUGUAUUUUUCCGUGAAUACUCUGUAGAACAUGGAAUUAAUUAAUAGUAAAUUAAAUUAAGUAAACAGGGAACGCUGCUUAAAGUAACUUCUAUUUUGCAAAUGUUUCAAAAUUUAAACUUGGUAAAAGAUACAAUCCCUUUGUGCAGUAAUUAACUUUCGAAAGUCACUUGAGGUUUCAGUUAAAAAAAGAACAAACUAUUAAAAUACUAAUUCUAGGAAGGAUCGUGCGCAAAGUACACUCAAAGAGGAGCCACGAAUUGGAACGAAUAGAAGCCAGAAGACAGUAGAACCUGUAGUACUACUGCUUGUAAAAGUUUUCCCUUAUCGCUCAUGUUUAAAUUGACAUGGUAACGUAUUCUGAGCUUGCUUGCUAGUAAAUUACAAUCAACGCUGCUAGCUACACGUUGACAUUUAAUAUGCCCCCUUUGGCAGAAAAAUGUUAUACUAGUGGUAUAAACAUUUCAGAAAUUUUGAAUCAUAGGGGCUACCAAUAAAAUGACUGCUGAAGUGUUCACUGUUUUUCCCUUCUUUGUUUUAACUCUACUAGAAUGCGAAAUUAGACACCAUUUACUAACGAGAUCCCUAGACAUUAUCUAGGUGUUUUAAUAGUUAGUAGAACUGUCGAGCUCAUAGAUCCUGCUAAAUGAAUUGAUAAACACUUGCCUGCCACUAGGUAUGUUAAACUUCAAGCAAGUUGCACUGAACUUUUUAACAAUCGACAGCAAAAAAGCCAAUAAUACUCUUAUUGGCUUAGUUUUGACCUUUCUGUACUUUAAUUUAUAGCUUCUUCAACCAUAUCAAACAAGCAAACGAAUGCGAGCGCCCAACCAACCACCCAACCAAUCAUUCAGCUAAAUUAAAUGAUUGAAUGAGAUUGAAACAAGAACCAGCUAUACACUGAGUUAGUAGCUGUACCUAAAAUCGUCCCAGAAUGAAUGCCUGUCUCAGUCUCAUGAUCUCUGCUGCCCAGUCCCGUCUGUAACUCACGGGGGUGAUGAGUUUAACGAUUUCAACAAGUCCUUGCAUGUCCCCGGCUCGGUAUAAAUGUGCAUCUAACGUGGUAGCAAGUUGUGCCAACUCGUCAAUUCCAUCCACGUAUUCUCCUAUUCCGAUCACAAAGAUCUCGGCUCCAUUGAGUUUCAGAUCCAUCGCUUUCCAUAGUGUUCUUUCCCGUUUUAUGUUCGAUUGACCAUCGGUGACAAUAAGAACACGCCUAUAGCUUCCCACGCGGGCUCCUGUGCCGGGAUUUUGAAACAUCUGUAAGCUUCUCUCCAAGGCCUCUUGCGUGUUUGUUUUUCCUCCUGUUCUUUGCAACUCCUCCAGUUUUUCAUUGGCCUUUUCACCGGAAGUGAAAGUAAAAGCGGGCUGCGCAUGAGUGGCUACUGUGAUAGCUGCAUGCAGAGUUUCCGGUGCUCCCUUGUCAAUCAGCAUUUGAAUGGCCUUGAUUCCCUUACGGAAUUCUGCAUGGCUGAUUGAACUUGAGGAGUCGAUGAUGUAAAUGAUGUCGUAAUAACCGCGUAGCUGUCUUUUCAAGCGAGAGCUGUCAGUUUGAGUGAAGAAGUGCAUCUGAAGUCUGUUGCUUGUGGUCAUUGCCGGUGGAAUUUGCUGAAACUCUUCAACAAGAAAGUGCUAUUUUAGAAAUUAGGGUGAGCAUUUGCCGCAGACGAUUUUGUUGCGCGUUUGGUGAGCAUUGAGGGAAAAAAAGGCUGUUGUAUUGGAGCCUGAUCUCUACUUAUUAAGAGUCAAGUCGAUUCUAGCUCACUGAAGGACACAAAGGGAACAGCUUGAAGCUUUGUCACCAAUUAUGAAAAGCUGCGGAAACUGCAAGGGCAGAGGGGUGUAAAAAAGAGGGCAUGGUUUGUGAGGAAAUCCGAUGCGAAACUUUUUUUCCAUAAAACAUGAUUUCUGUCGUCGCAGUCUAAAUUUCAGAGAUCUAAUUGAUCUAAUUUACUAAUUGAAUUUAAGGGACGCUAGCUUGACGAGAAACGUGCAAACUUGUAACCAUGUUUUCUUUUCGUCUAACCACGCAAUUUCGACUUCAAUCUUUUAAACACUCAUAAACUCCCGCGCAAAAAAAAAAAAAAAAAAAAAAA